GCCUUCAUGGAAUCAUGUCGUCAUUCUGCAUCAAGGCGUCCUUCUUGCUCAUGCGCCACCGCCCUUGCUUGUAGUUCGCGCACGAUGUCGCGCCAGCGUUCGUUCCAUCGCCAUGGCGCACUCUGAGAGUGUUUGAAUUUCUGAUUUGUUUGGUUGUAUUCGAUUGGCCAAUGGAGUUCGUAGAUCAAAAUGAUUGGCUCAUUCAAAUUCAGUUCCUUCGAUUGCAUCGCGGCCGCCGACGGACGCCCGCCACGUCGCCGCCGAACGAGGCAUGUCUUCCGACGAAGAGUUCGAAAAGUUCCUUCAAGGCGAUUCGGACGACGAACAAUCGGCGUUUACCAAGACAAAGAAGAAGGCGUCCAAGAAGAAGACCUCCACCGCGAAGGGCUCGUCCUCCAAACCGAAAGGGAAACCAGCUGCAAAGCCUGCUGCACCAACGCUUGCGUUAGAUGACAGUGCGGACCCAUACAAUUUCGACAUGGCCCCUUCUGCGCUCUCUCGAAGCAGCGAUGACGACGACGACUUCGAGGUGAAGAAGGAAGCGCAAAAGAAAGCGAAACAAGACAACGUGCCGCCUCCGAAAAAGUUGUCUCUCGAAGAUCGCAUGGCCGACAUUUUGAAGCGGCACGGAAGUUCCUUGGCCGAGACGUUUGCCAAGCCCAAGGAGGUCGAAAUCGUCGUGCCACCGCCACCAGAAAACCCACCCGCCAAAGACGACAAUGGCGAAGCAGACACGGCGUCAGAUAAGGCUCAAAGCUCAUCGUCCGACUCCCUCGGGAUGGAAUCGGCAGACUUUGAGGUGGGAGGGUAUGCCAAGAAGGUGCCGCCAGCAAGGGUCGAGACCAAGGAGGCCCCAGUCGUCCGAGCCAUCGCACAGCCAGCACCAGCAACCAUCGUCCAUAAAAUCGGCGACGACGACAGCACUGGCUAUGACGAUGAGGAUUUGGACAGCGUAACGACCGCACCGACGCCAGCCGUCACAAUGGCCCCCUCCGCAACGCCUUCCGCGACAUCAUCGGCGCCCGUCCUGUCGCUGUCUUUCACUCCAGCGCCAUUCAAGAGCGAGUUUGAAAAGAUGAAGAAGCUGUUUGCGAUGCCCGUGGAAAAUCGAUAUGACGAGAAUGAAGAAAGCCACGAUGUGUAUCAAGAUGAUGCGUUUGAAGGCGAUCCGUCGCCCGAUGCAGUCCCACCACUCGCUGUCCCUGCUCCUGCUCAAGAGGACCCCUUGGACAAGUACGACGACGACGAGUUUGAAGAUUCGGAUGGCCCUCCGCCAUCCCCACCCCCAUCUCCUCCUCCAGCAGCCCCGUUGUCCCCGGGACCGCCGCCGCCGCCAGACUCAACCUUUCCAGGGGCUUCUAUGUUGUUGGACGAACCGAAGAAUCGAGAGAGUGCAGUUGAGAUCACGAUGGCACCAACCCCUCCGAAACAGGGACUGCCGUCGUUCCUAGACGAGUCGUUCGAGUUCAAGUAUGACCUCCGGACGAAAGUCGAGACCAAUUUAGCUCCACCAGACGACGACGAGCCACCACCUCCACCGCCGCCACCUCAGCAACAACAACAAAAUACAACCGACGCGUCAUCGAACCACGCGAUGGCGCAAGUGGUGCAGGAACCAAAGAGUAACGUGCCAUCCACGACCACCGAUCCUGUCUCUACUUCGAUGCACGUUGCCCAGCAACUCGAAGCAACUCCUUUGACAGAGCCGCACCCAUUGGUCAACCCAACUGCACGUCAACCCGCUGCUGCACCAAGCCCCAUCUCGCCACCACACGAUAGCGUGGUGCUCUCGCAGUCCAGUGCGCUGCAUCCACCAUCCAUCCAUCGCGACGGGUCGGACAGCAAGGUGAACGCAAUUGCGGCCAAAUUUCACGCCCUACAGGAUCAACUGAACCGAUCGACUCUGGGGCCUCCUGCGACAGUCGCCGGUUCGAUCGACACAUCGUUGGCCCAAGCGUUUGAACGAGACAAAUACAUCCUUCGAGCAUUCUCGACCAAAGAGAACGAGAUGAAGUUGCAGCUCCAAGCGGCAGAGCGCGAGAUCCUUUCGCUGCGCCACCAAGUCGAAGCGUUGGCCACCGAACAGCAAGUCCACACGUUGUCGGAUGCAAGGCUGUUGGGCAAAUACGUCCAGCCGAGCGGUGGCGUCCACAUGACGGACCAGGCGUGGGAAGCCAUGCGAAAGGAUAUCGAAUCCCAAGAAGCGCUCAUUCAAGGGUACCAAGUGGAAAACGAGCGGCUCAUGCAUCAACUGCGAGAAGUGCGGCGGGAUUUGCAGUACGACGUGCACCUCAACAACCAGCAACUCGUUGCCACAAUUAAGGACCUUCGCCAUCAGUUGGAGACGUCGACACACUCGUCCACGGCCGCGGCAUCGUCGCAUCAAUUGGCGGCCCAACUGCGCGCGGACGCGCAGAUCCUCGCUUUAGAAGAAGAAUUGCAUCAAGCUCGCAAAGACCACGCGCGGCGAGAGCGCGAAUUGAAGUUUGAGCUGGACCAAGUGAAGAAAGCCAAAGUCGACUUGGAGUGUCGCGUCGGGGGGGUGCAUAUGGACACGCUCCACAAAGAAAACGAAGCGUACGACGCGCUGAAGCAACAAUUAAAUGCGAAACUCGAUGAAGCACACGCUCAAAUCGAGUCGCUGCAAGCAAAAGUCGAAUGGUAUGUGCAGAACCAGCGCUUCAUCGAUGGUCAAGAUGAACUGGUCAAGCAAUUGCGCAGCACGAUUGCAGCCCUCCAAGAACAGCUCGCAGACAAGAACUCGCGGCCGAGUGCAGUUAAGUCCAAGAAGCCAGCAGCGCGAACGUCCAGUACAGCAGACAAGCGUCGAAUACAGGCUCUGGAAGCACAACUGAAGGAGAUGCACACAGCCAUGCGCAAGCGCCAUCCUGACAGUCUGGUCAAUCUCAUCUUGGCGUCGAAACCGACGGCCGAUGAAAUCCAGGCCAAGGAACAACACGACCAGCAACUGCAGCAACUUCGUGACCAACUCGCCGAGAUGGAGAAGCAGCACGAAGUCAAACUCACCAAGUUUCGCCAGCAACACGAACGCGUCGUACAGCAACUUCGCGACGAAGCGGUCGCCAAGGUGCCGGCCGCAGACAAUUCGUCGGACGUGGCCAAAGUUCGCCUGUACUACCAAACCAAAAUCAAGGACUUGGAGCGAAAGCUGGAAGCAAAAGCGACAAAGGUGGAGAGUUUUUCAAAGUCAGGUCAGCGUGCCCCGUGUGCAGCCGAGCCUUCCUCGACGACGCUGGACGACCUCGAGCAACGAUAUCGCGAGCGAGAAGUGUCGCUGCAACGGCAACUCGACGAAAGUGAAAACGCCCGCCGACAGUUGAUUGCGGUGUUCAAUAGCACCGCUCCACCUGCAUCGCCAGCCCCCCAACAAGAAACACCGGCACCUACUGCCGUCCAAACUGCUCGGAUUGUCGAGUUGGAGGCGAGGAAUGCCCACCUCGAAGCCGACCUUGCACAGGUGCAGACUGCAAUGGCCGCCCUGUCAGAGGCGCACAAAGUCAACCUCCAGCAAACCAAAGACAUGUGGCAAGAAGAGUUGUUGCAUCUGUCUGAAAAGCUCUCGAAUGCCCAAGCGGAGUGCCACCGAUUCGCACAAGUCGCCGCGCAAGUUCCCGUGCUGGAGGAACACGUCCAAGCGCUGCAGGCCAAACUCGACAUCCCCAACACGCCGUCCAUGCUGCAGUAUCAAGCGCUCGAGAUGCAAAUCCACACGCUCACGCAAAAGUAUGCGAUUCGUGAAACAGAGCUGCAGGUGCUGCUACAGCACGCGACGCACAGCUCGCAAGUUGAAAUCAUGCUCAUGCAGCAGCGCCACGAGCGUGCGAUGGCGCUCAAGUGCGCAGAGAUUGCGACCUUUCAAGGCCAGUUGGACGAGAUGCUGGAAGAGCUCCGCCGCCUGCAACAACACCCGUAGCCCCCAACGAUGGUAAAAAACGCUGUCUCGUCUUU